UAUCGAUCAGUCCAGGUCCUCUCCUGUGAAGCAGCAGGUUCACCAUCGAUCGGUUUGAUCGUGACAUCUGAAGUCAGGUGGACUUCUGUUUCAGCUUCAGUCCAAACUCGUCUGUACGAGAUGGAUCUCAGCACGGAACGAAUUCGUCAUGGCAACAGCAUCUCCAGAAUCCUCAGCAGCUGGAGUCGUCACCUCGGUGACAGCGAGCGGGAUGUGCUGGCCCUGAACGCGCUGUUGCUAGGCGACAGGCAGAGUGGGCGGAGCUCUGUGGGGAACGCUCUGAUUGGUGGAGAGGAAUUUAAAACAGGCACCUGCAUCUCUGGCAUUUCCAUGACGACGGAGCACAAACUGCUCAGCCGAAAUUUUCCAAAGUACUUCAGAAGGCGGGGGGCGGAGUCUGACCUCGUGUUGAGAGUGAUAGACACGCCCCCUCAUGUGAUCCAGUCACAUCGCGUGCAUGAGCUGUGCCCUGAGGGCGUGCACGUAGUUGUGCUCGUUGUGAGAGCUGACCUGCUGCACGACAACACACACCUGACGGAGCACGUGGAGACUCUCUUCGGUCCUGAAUGGCGUCGUCACGCUUUACUCGUCCUCACACACGCUGACCACCUGAAGGAGGCGGGGCUUCACCCGUCAGUCUACCUGACACAGACCAGUGAUUGGCUGAGAGCUCUGGCUGAGGAGGUGGGAGGAGGAGUCUUGUUCUUGGACAACAGCUGUGAUUGGCCGUCAAUCAGAGGACGACCGCUGAGAGAGCGACUGCUCCGCCUCUCAGCCAGGAACCAUCACAGAGCUCUGACGGUGCGGACGGAGUCUCACUCUGACCUUUAAACGAUGCACUAACGGCUCCACGCUGACGUACGAUCCUCCAACAGAACGAAAGCUUUCUCUGCUCAGAGUCAUCGUACAUAUGUGUCGGCUCCGAUUUGACAGUUUGGUUCAGCCAAAUUCUCUGGCCCCUCCCACGUAAUGGUGAAAAAGGGCGAGAGUCAGCGGCCCAGCUGCCUGGAGAAAAUGUCUGUUGUACGUUUCUGCAAACCACGAAUAUGUUUCAUUUGACCGUUUCAUAUGUGUCAUAUCCAUGUUUCUAACGUGACGUAGUAUCUGAGCUGACUUUGUGUAAAAGCCACAGAACCUGUUUACAACACAUCGUGGCAUUUUCCAGCAGCAUUACAGCCACCAGACUUUGGUGUUGUCAUCAACACAUUGCUGCAUGUCCUCGAUUGAGUAUCGUUCAGACGGGAUUAGUUUAACAUGGUGGGGACUAAUGUCAGUUUACCACAGGAUGUCUGUAAUAUAAGUGUCCGAUUCACACGGGACAAGAAAUGGCAUGUGCGUGCUACGUUGCUUCCUGUGAGCAUCAGCUGAAGGAUAAUAAUAAUGAAUGAUUAGCCCAACAUGAAACAUUGCCCAUAAUCAGGAUUGUGUGUACACAGCGAUCAGCAAUAUGGAUUUACAUUAGGCCGACCUAACACAACCACAAGUCUCAUGGCUCUGAAAAGUGCUUUCUUCUCUUUUUGAUGCGAUCAUUAGAAGAAUGUCCACUAUCACGACUGCUGACAACACCGGAUGCUUCUUCAAGCGCCUCCAUCAUCAAAAAAACGUGAAAAAAUGGUUGUAAACAGGACGAAAUAUUUACAUAUAUUUUUACAGAGGAUCGCGUUCACACAGGAUUAAUAUAGCCGAGGUAUUCUCCCCGGACCGUUUUACAGAAGGUAAAAGUCAUUAUCCGUAAAGGCCCAUUUAUGCUCCCUUUACGUACAAAAAUGUAUACGUCUGUUUCAAACGAUGUUACCGUCACUGCC